GUGCGCUGCCCAUACCCUGGGUGCAACAAGACGUUCGCAAAGAACCGCAUGUAUAACCUCAAGGCGCAUCUCCGCAGCCACUCGCAAGUCAAGCCGUUCCAGUGUCUCAGCUGCUCCCGCGCUUUCAGCCGCAAGCACGACCUCGAGCGGCACUCGCGCACGCAUACGGGCGACAAGCCGUACAUCUGCGAGGCGUGCGGCAGUGGCUUCCCGCGUUCCGAUGCGCUGCGCCGCCAC